AUGCAGGCCCUUGGCCCUGAUGUUGAGCUCGAACUACGCUCCUGGCAAGCUGCGGGGCUACCAGAUCAGCAGGCGGACCAUAUCUGGCGUCUCUACGAAUCCCUCACCCACGAGCUCGCGUAUGCCUUAUGCGAACAACUACGACUGAUACUCGAACCUACCCUUGCUACUCGACUGAAAGGCGACUAUCGUACUGGAAAGCGACUGAACAUGAAGAAGAUCAUUCCCUACAUUGCCAGUGACUAUACCAAAGACAAGAUCUGGCUCCGGAGGACACGACCCAGCCAACGCGAAUAUCAAGUCUUGAUAGCCCUAGACGACUCACGGUCAAUGGCGGAGUCGCAUUCCGUUCACCUUGCUUAUCAAACUUUGGCGCUAGUUUCGAAAGCCCUUACGCGUCUGGAAGCCGGAGACAUUGGGAUUGCCAAGUUCGGUCAAGAUGUACAGAUGUUGCACGACUUUGAUGGGGCCCCGUUCAGCGACCAGGCAGGGAUAGAAGUGAUCAAAGCUUUCCAUUUUGAUCAGAAAGCUACCAAUGUACUUUCACUCGUUGACACGAGCUUGCGGGUGCUGGAAGCCGCUCGGGUACGACGAUCUUCGAGCUCGAGCACUGCAGCAGACCUUUGGCAGCUUGAAAUCAUCAUUUCCGAUGGAAUGUGUCAGGAUCACGACAAGCUUCGGGCAGUCCUUCGAAAGGCAGAAGAGCAGCGGGUCAUGAUUGUGUUCAUCAUCCUCGACUCGCUUCAUACCGGAGGCACAAAUAAAUCAGGUUCGUCAGCACAAGGCUCCAUAUUAUCGAUGGAGAAGGCAGAGUUCAAGAACGUGGAUGGGAAAAUGGAACUUCAACUCCAGAGGUAUUUAGACUCUUUCCCCUUUGAGUAUUACGUGGUGUUGCGGGAUGUGGAGGCCUUACCGCAAGUGCUAUCAGCGACAUUGAAACAGUUCUUCGAGCGUAUUUCAGAGGAGUGA